AUGCUACGUGCAAGAAUGGCCGAAUCUCAGAUUGACGACGAGUAUAACGACGAGCCUGCCUUGGUGCUUGAGGACACAUUCCGAACCGAAAAUGCUUCCAGCCAGGACUGGGAAAGGCGCAACGUCAUUGAACGCACGCGGGGAAGCAUUCACACUCGUGUUGAACUGCUCGAAGUCACGCAUGGCACCCUGGACGAAUAUGGAGAUGAAGCGACGCUGAUGGUGUUCCGAUUCCGUUUCGAUCCACAGAAGACUUCUCGACGAGUCCUCCGAGCGCGCGUCAACAUCGAAUUCAUGGGCAAGGAUGGCGGUAAUGCGCCAAUUGUUGAAGCCAUCGCCCCCGAGGAAAGAUGGGCAGUUGUCCCAACCACGGAUUCAGAGUCAACCACACGGGGAGCAGAAUUGUACGCCGCUUCAGGCGUGCCUUUUUUCGAGGCUGGGGCAAGGGCCAAGCAUGAGAAAACAAUCAGCAGGGAUGUCAGCGAUGCGACAACAGUAUCGGGUAGCAUCAAUCUGGGCAGAGGGCGCAACUCGGGCGAGUCGACUGUUGCCGUCUGGAAUCUACAGGAGAACAAGCGACGCGAGACAGGCGUGCCUGAUUCAGUGACGACUGCGGUUCUUUUACGUCGUUACGAUAGCGAACCCUUCAAUGCCCGAGUCGAGCUUGAAGCUGAUGUCGACUGGGUAUCUGGUUUUGCUCGCAAGUUCGCGGGGGUACCACUGGAUGACCCCGUGCUCUUCAACCCAAUGCUGGGAGGGUCAAAGCCGAAGAGGGGUAGGAGUUAUGGGGCCAAGGAUCUUGGUAGCGUGGAUUUGUACAAGUUAUGCGCUGUUAGAUUUGCUGUGGAGGCGCCUUUUGUUGUCAAAUAG